AUGGAUAACAUCAACUUUGAAUUCUCAAACGCUUCACAGGGAAGCCAGCUACAGUCGCAGCCGCAACCGCCCCAGCCGUUUAAUUUACAAGACGUGAAUAUGAUCCAUUACAAUCAAUCAUCUCCAUGGAGUACCGAAACGUUAUCGGGUUUUACUCCAUACGACUGCACAACCAGUCAAUCCUUCUCCGGACAAUGUUCAUCAUCAUCAAAGCCCUACCCUUCCUCGUUCCAUCCGUACCAUCAUCAAUCUUUGGAUCAUCCAUCAUCAUCAGACCAAUCCCUAUCAAUGGUUCCUAUCCAACCUCUUCCGGAUCAAUAUAUGAAGCCAUUAUAUCAAAGAUCAUGCGCUAACGAUUUCGCUGCUUCAUCAGCCUCAUACUCGCUUUCUUUUGAAGCAAGUCAAGAUCCACAAGAACUGUGCAGGAGGACAUAUAGUAAUUCUAAUGUAACACAUCUGAAUUUCUCAUCAUCGCAUCACCAACCUAGACAAACUCAUUCAAGAUUUUCGUCUCCUCCUUCAUUCUCAACCCAUGGAGGGUCCAUGGCUCCCAACUGUGGGACGGUAACCGGGAACAAGACCCGGAUAAGAUGGACUCAAGAUCUUCAUGAGAAGUUUGUGGAGUGCGUAAAUCGCCUUGGUGGUGCUGAUAAGGCAACGCCGAAGGCAAUACUGAAGCUGAUGGAUUCUGAAGGACUCACAAUAUUUCAUGUAAAAAGCCACUUACAGAAGUAUAGGAUUGCGAAAUACAUCCCUGACUCUCAAGAAGGCAAGUUUGAGAGGAGAGCUUGUGCCAAAGAGCUGUCUCAGCUUGACACAAGAACUGGAGUGCAAAUUAAAGAGGCACUCCAGCUUCAACUAGAUGUUCAGAGGCAUCUUCAUGAACAACUCGAGAUUCAACGAAAUCUACAACUGAGAAUCGAAGAACAAGGGAAGCAAUUGAAAAUGAUGAUAGAACAACAAGAAAAAACAAAAGAGAGUCUUCUGAAGAAACCAAACGCUGAAGCAUCAUCGCCUCUCUCCGACUCUGAUCACUCUCCCCCGCCUUUCUCGAUAGAAGACGCAGAAGCCCUGAUGCUAACAAGUUAUGGAGACACUCAAUUCCAAUCAAAGAUAAGUUGA